AUGAAAGCACAAGAUGAUACUAACUCGUCACCAAAAGAUACAUUAAAAGUGUCAGGCUUUAUCCCAGUGAUUGAUCCGCUAUGUGUUUCUCUUGCUAAAAGAUUGCAUGCAUAUGAUGCUAUACGUUUAAAAUUUGGAUUUCUUAAUCACUUAGAGGAGAUGGAUGUUGCAAAUUUGUAUGCUGCAACAGAUGAAUUGGUAAAAGUUUACAAAGACGAUUUAGAACCUUUUCUUGUUAAUGAGUUGGUUCAAUUUAACUAUAUUCCCAAACAUAGAAAUCACGGUGCGAUUGUUCUUGGUAUUAAAGGUGUCAAAUUGCACUGCAGAGCACUCAUUUUCAAAAAUGAAAAUGAUAAAAAUAGAAUAGGAACUACGAUGGGACAAAACCGCCUAUCAAAGUUAUCUCUACUUAGCAUUGAAAACAUUCAAGUUAUGCAAAAGAUAAGUGGCAUACUGUGGUUCUGUGAUGUAUGUUUGGAUGAAGUAAAUAAUAAUGAAGGUCUUCGUAAAGAAAUUGAGUUACUAGAGCAUUCAGUUUCUGAAGAAAUUGGUAAAUUAAAAACAAAUGUUCCAAAUACAAUACGAAAACAAUUCACAAAACUUAAAUCAUCCCAAAAACUUCAAGAGGUAUGCUUAGGCUACAGGAGAAGGAUAAAUGAAAUAAGAAAUGUAAAAGAUGGUGUAGUUAUUAAAUACAAUUUUAAAAAUGAAAUUGAAAAGGUUAGAUCUGUCGAAAAUAAAUUAUCUAUAAGUUAUAAUAUUGAGUCACCAGAUUUAAAAAAUCCCUCCCUAAAAGUUGUAGAUACAGAAAAUAAAAUGCAUCCUGAAGAUUUAAUAAUUUGA